AUGGAGAACAAAAAUACUACCACCCUUACUGAACAGAAACCGGUAGACUCUCCUAAAUGCAAAGAGGAUUCACUUCUCCCCAUCGCUGAGAAGGGACUUUUCUUCCAUGAUUCCUUCUUUGACGAUAUUCAGAAGCACUUUGAGACAGCCAUCGACCAAAUCCUGGAUACGUGGGGAGAAGCCAAAUCCGUGAGUGAUCUCAUGAAUAGUUACAGACGUGUAAGAGAGCGCAAUAUGCAGCAAGAAAACCAAGUCAUGGCCUUCAGCGAAGACGACCAGAAUCAUAAGGUUGUGCUAGAUGUCCAUGACUUCAAGAGUGGAGACGUUAAGGUUAGAGUGGAAGACAAUCAAGUGGUGGUGGAAGGUCGAGUGGAAAAGGAAGAGGGCGACUUCAAGUCCAUGAAAAGCUUCUGUCGACGCUUCAACUUUCCAAGCAAAGUGGAUAUGGAGGCUGUAACUUCCGCAAUGUCUUCCGAUGGCGUUUUGACUAUCACGGCUCCGAAGAUUCCACAAGCAGCAUAAAAAAUAAAAUAUUGCAUUGGCUGAAAUAAUAGUAUAAGCUAAAAGAUAAUGUAUGUUUGAUUACUCAUUGUUGAUUUCAUAAUGUGAAAAUUAAGGUUAUUUAUUUAUUUAUGUAUUCUUUUAAAUAAAUGAUUUGUUUACAUAUGUGUAUUACUUUACCUAUCUU